AUGCCUCGAAAAGCCAUAGACUCGCGCAUUCCGACCCUGAUACGCAACUGCGUUCAAGAAAAGAAACGAAGCUUCUUCAUCAUCGUGGGCGAUCGAGCGAAAGAUGUCAUCGUUCACUUGCAUUACAUACUCACAAGUGUGGACAUAAAGCAGAACAAGUCAGUAUUAUGGGCGUAUAAGAAGGACCUCCUGGGCUUCACGAGUCACAGGCGAAAGAGAGAGCAGAAGAUUAAGAAGGAGAUCAAGCGGGGCAUUCGAGAACCGAAUACCGAAGAUCCUUUUGAAUUAUUCCUUACACUGCACAAUAUCCGUUAUGUCUACUACAAGGAGACAGAAAAGAUCCUGGGUAAUACCUUUGGAAUGUGUAUACUGCAGGAUUUCGAGGCUGUCACCCCCAACCUCCUCGCGCGGACCAUUGAGACCGUCGAAGGGGGAGGCAUGGUCCUCUUGCUCUUGAAAGGCAUGAAAAGCUUGAAGCAGCUCUACACUUUGACUAUGGAUAUACAUUCUCGGUAUCGCACUGAGGCGCAUGAUGAUGUAGUAGCUCGCUUCAAUGAGCGAUUUGUGCUCUCCCUCGGUGGCUGCGAAUCGUGUCUCUUCGUGGAUGACGAAUUGAACGUGUUGCCCAUCUCAGGUGGUAAGAAUGUGCAACCGUUGCCUCCUCCCAGCUCCGAGCAGGAAGAAAAAAGCGAAUCUCGAAAAGAGCUUGAUGGCAUCAAGGAGAGUCUCGCAGACUCCCCACCUGUAGGUCCUCUAGUGAAGAUUGCGAAGACUGUAGAUCAGGCGAAGAGCCUGCUUACUUUUGUCGAUGCCAUAGCUGAGAAGACGCUCAGGAGCACAGUGACGCUGACAGCCGCGAGAGGAAGAGGGAAAUCUGCAGCACUCGGCGUUGCAAUCGCUGCCGCAGUAGCGCAUGGAUAUAGCAACAUUUUCAUAACGUCUCCUAGUCCAGAAAAUCUCAAGACAUUAUUUGAAUUCAUUUUCAAAGGCUUCGAUGCUUUAGAUUAUCUUGAUCACAUUGAUUACACCAUCAUUCAAUCAACUAAUCCAGACUUCAACAAGGCUAUCGUUCGUGUCAAUAUUCACCGUCAGCAUAGACAGACCAUACAAUAUAUUCAGCCCCAAGAUGCGUAUGCGCUAGGUCAGGCAGAACUUCUUGUCAUUGAUGAAGCUGCGGCCAUUCCACUGCCUCUCGUCAGGAAAUUGAUGGGUCCGUUUCUGGUUUUCAUGGCUUCAACAAUUAAUGGGUACGAAGGUACAGGGCGGUCACUGUCAUUGAAACUGAUACAGCAACUUCGAGAUCAGUCAAGAGGCGGUAAAGUGUCUAAGCCUACCGAUGAUGGUGAGGUCACCAGUCGAUCUGCAGAUGCAAAGACAAAUGGUGACACCUCAAUCCAAAGCAGGUCGCUCAGGGAGAUCACGCUUGCCGAACCCAUACGGUAUGCUCAAGGAGACGCCGUGGAGAAAUGGCUCAACAAAGUACUUUGCCUAGAUGCCAGCUUGCCGACCUCAAAACUCGGCGUUCAAGGUUGCCCUCAUCCCUCGAAGUGCGAAUUACUUCAUGUCAAUCGGGAUACGCUGUUCUCUUUUCAUCCCGUGUCUGAGAAGUUCCUCCAGCAGAUGAUAGCUCUCUAUGUCGCGAGUCACUAUAAGAACUCUCCAAACGACUUGCAGCUCUUGAGCGACGCGCCCGCUCACCAACUCUUCGUUCUUGUGCCUCCCGUGGACGAUAAUAGCACGAGAUUACCGGAGCCACUUUGUGUCAUACAAGUUGCUUUGGAAGGGCAGAUUAGCAAGCGGAGUGUGAUCAAUAGCCUGAGUCGUGGCCAAAGGGCCGGCGGUGAUCUCAUCCCGUGGCUUGUCAGCCAGCAAUUUCAAGAUGACGAGUUUGCUGGUUUGUCGGGAGCACGAAUAGUUCGCAUAGCCACGAAUCCUGAAUAUGUCAAUCAGGGCUACGGAAGUCGUGCUCUGAGCCUGCUCAUAGACUUUUACGAAGGCAAAUUUGCAAACCUAUCAGAAAGCGACGUCGCUCAAGACGAGUCGAUUGUUCGAGUGACGGACGCUGAAAUUGAAAGCUCCACACUCCAACUCGACAAUGUCAAAGUUCGCGACAUCAAUAGCAUGCCACCAUUAUUCUCACGUCUCUCAGAACGUCGACCGAACUACCUUGACUACCUUGGCGUCUCCUACGGACUCACGCAACCCCUGCACAAAUUCUGGAAGAGAAGCUCCUUCUCCCCCGUCUAUCUUCGUCAAACACCAAAUGAACUCACCGGCGAGCACACUUGCGUCAUGAUCCGGACCCUCUCCUCCGGCCAUGCCGAUGAAAAAGGCAGCGCUUGGCUCGGCGCCUAUGCCCGCGACUUCCAAAAACGAUUCUUUUCCUUACUAUCCUUCCAAUUCCGAGCCUUCCCCUCCAUCCUCGCUCUCAGCAUCAACGAAUCUGCCACCGCAGGCGCAAAGCUAGACGACUCAUUUGACACCAGACCUCUGACCAAGACCGAGCUCGACGACUCGUUCUCCCCGUACGACCUAAAGCGUCUAGACAGCUACGCCAACAACAUGCUCGACUACCACGUCAUUCUAGACAUGGUCCCCGCCAUAGCGACCCUAUACUUCUCAGGCCGCCUCAAACCAGCCGUCACACUCACGGCCGUCCAGUCAUCUAUCCUCCUCGCGAUCGGCCUGCAGCGAAAAGUUCUCGAGGAUAUCGAGAAGGAACUUACCUUACCAGUCAGCCAGCUACUCUCCAUGUUCGUCCGUCUCAUCCGAAAAAUCUCCUCUCAUUUCCGCCAACUACUCGAAGGCGCGGUGGAAGAAUCAAUGCCCGACUCUGUCCAACCUUCCGACCCUGCAGAAAACGGCGAUGCCCCCGACGACCCGCCAGCGAAAUACGCACCACUUGCAAGAGAUCUGAACGAAGAGCUCAAAGCCGGUGGGGACGAAGUCGACCAGGCGCUCAAAGAGAAGCAGAGAGCCUUGAUCGAUGCCUUACCGCUUGAUAGGUACGAGAUUGAGAGUGGUGGCGCGGGGUGGGAGGAGGCGGAGGAAAAAGUUCAGAGGUCGCAGGCGAAGGGUGGGGCGGGGGAUGUUACGGUUAGUGUGAGGAGUGAGAGGAAAGAGGGAGGGAAGGGAGGGAUGGGAGGGAUGGGGAAGAAGAGGAAGGGGGAGAGUGCGGAGGAGGUGUAUGCGGAGGAGAUUGGACGGAAGGAGGAGAAGAGGUUGAGGAAGGGGAUGGCGAAGGCGAAAGGGAAGGGGCGGUGA